UGAGAGUGUGGAGUGUGAUAGGAGGUAAGUGUGGAGUGGGAGGGGUUGGCAGGCGUGUGGGGAGCGCGUCUGAGCGCAUGCGUCACACAGGUGAACUCUAAAAGUAAAGUUUGAAAACAUUGGUAGUGUGCGAGGGAAUAUUGCUCCGAACCCACCACUCUAUUGCCAUGAGAGGAAACCUUUAAGUGGAUGCUUUAAACGAAGCCAGGAGGAGUGUUGUGUCGCGUGCUUGGUACAAGCAGAGGUGUGGUAUUGACAAUGGGAGAAUCAGUAAGUGAUUGUGAGUGGUUGCGCUUAGGUUUGUCAGGCAUGGCUCUGUUUUCGAUAAGUUAAGCCAAAGGAGAUCGCGAGGAGUGCAGUCGAGUGUUGACAUGACGUGAUUUGUGGCGGCGUGGUGCUAAUGUGUGGUGUGUGUGCUAAGGCAGCACCACUAUGCUCAAGACUAGCUCCGGUGAGCCCAGCGGCGCGCGGCCUGCAAGUCUAGACCCCACAACCACCACCACCGCUGUCAGCGGGGAGAGAGGAGUUUGUGAAGAUGGUGUCCACCAGGCUGCUGGUGGCAGUGAUGCGGGGGUUGUGUUAGCUGGUUCAGACCACUGGUCGGGCCAGGUGGUGGAGGCUGUAGUGAGUGUGGGUAGUGAAGGGGGUAUCACAGUACUGGGAGGCUCUGACAAUGGAGAAUUUCCCUACCUGGGUGAGAUCAGUCAAGGUGUUAGAUAUCAAAAAGGAGGCCCAUCUCUGGCUCCAGGAGCAAUUCUGUUGGAGGUGCAGGGUCAGCGCAUUGCAGGAUAUACACAACGCGAUGUCGUGGCCUGGAUCAACCACUGCACGCGCAACGGAAACCCUUGUGUUAUUCGCACAGCUCCACCAGGUGAGGUACAGCUGAGGAAGGUGAGAGGAGGUGAGGUACAGCUGAGGAAGGUGGGAGGAUCUUCUGCGCCUCCACCAGCCUCCUCCACCACCUCCACCACGGCUGCUAAGACCUGGUCCCUGACACGCGACCUGCGGCAGUACCUGAACACCAGGUUCCAGAAGGGCAGUGUGGACCAUGAGCUCCAGAACACCAUCCGCGACAAUGUCUACCUUCGCACGGUCCCUGUGACCACCAGGACGCCACGCCAGGGGGAGGUCAACGGCGUAGACUACACCUUUCUCUCCAAGGAAGAAUUCAGUGCUCUGCAGAGGUCUGGCAACCUCUUAGAAUCUGGUGUCUUUGAAGGUCAUGAAUAUGGAGCGCCUGUGCCGUCGCCCAUUUCGUCGGCUUUGCCGCAGAGACUGACUGUGGAACGUAUUACAAGGCAACGGCUACAACAUCAAAUACCAUCUACUGUCUCAAAUGCCUCCAGCAUGGCAUCUGAAGUUCACAUUAGCACUCGUGUCGAAUCUCAACGUCUGCCUCCACUCCAUAGUCCACGAAUGGGUACCCAGCGUGAGUACCCAUCUACGCCUAGUGGUGGUGAUCCACUUAGUGAGCCACAAAGUGAACAAAGUUUAGGCCCUGCUGCCCUAAUUGAUACUACCAAAGAUGGCAACCUUUCACGCUCUCUCUCUUUACCAGUGAAACGAAAACACUUUAGAAAGCAUAGCUCUGACAAGAUCAAGACUCUUCCCAUUCGAUUGUUGAAAGGUGUCCAGCGUCCCUCCCUUCUAGAUUCUAACCAAAAUUUAAGUGCAAAUGAAAUCAAGGAAUAUUUUAUAAGACAUGGAAGUCAGCGACACCGUCAAGCUGUGCAUGAGGUACAUGGACAAGCUUUUGUGUCUUCUGCAGAAGACACAUCUGGAAAAGUGAACCGGCAAGCAGGUAGAUCUGUUCAGAGAUCAUCUAGUCGUAGUAGAAAUUCUCCUUUAAAAAACAAGAGUCUGAUUUCUUUUGCUGUAGAUGCUAAAUAUAAAGCUUCAAGCAGUGUUGUAGCACAAACCCUUCUGACACAACCUCGCAUAAAACCACUUAAAAGAAAUGUGUCUGAUGUUGGAAUAUACGAGGAAGAUUCAGAGGCAGACACACUUUUUGGCAGUAGUAGUGAUGAUGAUGAUAGUGGUACUCUUGUUGGCAGUGAUAAUCGAGACUCGCUUUCCAGUGAAGAUUCAGGACAUAGUGAUUGUUCAUCUGUUUUCUCUGAUGAAACUGCUACUGAAGACACAAAUAUCAUUCCAAGUGUGUAUAGAGGCAAUCCAGAUGGCAUAUCUCAGAAUAAUCCUCUUUAUAGACACACUUCAUCUUCAGUAGAAGGUCUUUGUUUCUCUGGUAAUGUAAAUGCUGCUGUUGAUAACUUGUCUUUAUUUUCCAAUGAAGAAUCUGUAGAUCCAGAUACUCAUAUGAUGUCCAACCAGUCUAUUGAACAUUCAAAGUACCAUGCCUCAAAUAAUAUAAGUUCACAUACCAUUGAUCUGUCAGUAUCGGUGAAUGAUCCAUUGUCUCCUAUGAAUGGGGUCAGAUACUGGAUUGACCAUUCAGAUGUGUCUCGGAAAACUCAAAUAAAUAGGCACUCGUCAUCAGUAGGAAACGUUACCCCUGUUGACAAUAACGAGUUUGAUAUAAUUGAUAACCUCUCCUUGUUUUCAAAUGAGGAAUCGGUAGACCCAGUUACGGAUGUAGCAUCCCAACAGCCCGUAGAUUGUACAAUAGAAUGUGAGCCAAGUAGUACAAGGCAUCCAGUAUCCUCAAAUCUUUCAUCUGAAGCACAAUUUGGUAGAUAUCUUGUUACAAAUAAAGUUGAUGCAAUCCAAGACUUGAAGGAGAGUAACACACACAGGACAACAGGGUCACACUCUUCGGCACCGACUCAUAAUGUCGACACAAUAAAAGAUUUGCAUGCAAAGUGUAGAGUUGAACCUUGUGACGAAUCUGCAUUAAAUCGGUCAAAGGAUGCAUCAUCUAAUAGGGUGCCCAAGGGUUUGCCAGUUGCCAUGAUGCAAAAUAAUAGCAAUGUAUCCUGUAUAUUCUCGUAUGACGUGGCAGGCAAUUCAGGCAUUGAAAAAUGCUCUGAUGACAUUAAAAGAUGUGCUUCAUCAGCUGCUAGUGGUGUACAAAAAUCUAAUUCUUCACAUCAGAUAGAUAUAAAUCAUCAGGAUGCAAAUUAUUCUCUCACUUUUGACAAAUUUUCAAAACCAACUUUAAUACCAAAGAAAAAACCUGAGAUUCCUCAGCGGAGUUCAUCACUAAACAAUGCAUUAAAACAAAACAAUCAUAGCAUGAAGUUCUGGGGAAGCAGAAAAGAAAUACCUCCGGUGUUAGUUUUAAACAGUAACAACCAAUUUCUGAAGAAAGGUGUCCGCAAUAGUUUAUUGGACGAAGGGGAAAACGCACACAUUAACAAACGCGCUUCCUCAAAUAUCAGUGAUGUGUGUUCACUUUCAACGAAGGAAAACAUUUUGUCUGUUAAGGAUUUAAUUGAUAAACAUGAAGAUGUGAAGAGAACUCAGACGACAUUGGGUGCGAUACUUGUGCCAGCUUUAAAUGGAAAAACAAACCAAGAGGAUGCAUGUUUGGAUGCUGUUCUGAACAACAAAACCAAAAAAAUUGAUAAUUAUGUGCCAAAUAAACAAGAUUCAUCACGUGCUACAACUUCAAAAAGCAAAGAAGAAAACAGUGAAGAUACAAGUGAAGUUGAUGCAUCAUUAGUAACUAUUCCCAAAGAGAGGCAGGAAAACCUUUGUGAAAAUGAUAAAGGAAAUAAUUAUUGCAAAGAUGUUGACAAACAGGAUUAUCAGAAUAGCCUUUUUGCACAUUCAUUUAAUCCACAAGAACACAAUAAAGAGAAUAUAUACCAGUUUUCACUGCUUGACUCACAUUUAACUGAUGAUUUUAAAAGUUCAGAGAAAAUUAUAAACAUCAGUUCUUCAGCUGACACUGACUUAAAGAGUGAAUUUAAUUCAAUUAAAGAUGUAAAUGAUAUGAUUGCAUCUACAGUAACUUUGAAUGGAACGCCCUCUAAAUUUCUGUUAAAUACGCCCUCUUUCUCUGAGAAAGAUGCACGUAGUCGUCGUACAUCGGAGAAGAGAGUUUCAGGAAAUGCAUUGAGAAUAUUAGGGCCUACUGAUAGGAAUAUAUUGGAAGGCACAAUUUUAAAUGCAGAUUUCCAAGAACUUUCAGACACUCUAUGCAAUUCUAAUGCUUCAACAUACAUGGAUACAAUUCAUACGCACAAAACAUUAAAGGAGGAUGUGGAAAAAGAAUGUACAUCCAGUCGGAAAAUGAAUAGUCUUUAUUUCAUCGAGCCAACUGAAGGGAAAGUGAGUGAGUUUUACAACAAAGAUGAAAGUAUAAAUGAUGCAUUAUGUAAAACAUUUGAUAAAUCUUCAUUUAAUAAUAUUAAAACUAGGCUAGAAAGACAUGUAGAAGCAUCCUGCAAAAAUGAACAAAGCUUCAGUGAAAUAGUUUUAGACAAUACUAAUGAAGAAAUUCCAAAGAAAAAAAACACCGAUACUUUUAGGCGGGGCAGACAGAAAGAUCCUAUAACUAAUGUAGAUAAUUUCCAUGAAAGUGCUUCAAUUAAUCAUACUUUGGGAAAUAAUAUUGGUGACCAAAUAACAUUCCUGCAAACUGAAAAAGGUUCACAUAGAUUAUUGCCAACCACUGAAGAAAGUAAAGUAUCAAAUCCUUGUGUUGAAAGGAACAUUAAUGAUAAUGUAAAAGAUAGCUGUAAGAACCCACAAAGCAUUAGCAAUGUUAAAGAGAGAGUCCCAGAGUUUUGCUCGAAAGAAACUGUAAAUCAUGGUUUGAAUAAUGGUCACUCAUUAAGUGUGAAAAGUUUGGUUAAUGUGCACGAGAACCACAUUCAUAGUUAUAUAGAAUCGCUCACAUCGUAUAAGUCUCGUUCUUUAACAAAAACGGCUUCUCUUCCAUUACAACACAAACACGAAGGCUCAUUAAAAGCACAGUUGUCAGACAGUACAUUACUAGGUGCAAGACAGAGACCAGAAGGUUCAGAGAAGACUUCAUAUUGUAAUUCCAUAAUAGAAGAAAAGCAUAAAACCAGUCAAUCCUUUCUGGGUCUUAAUGCUAGCAUUGUUAAUGGUAAAGGCAAUGCCUCCGAAAUGGAAAUAAGGCCAACUGAAUCAUCCAGAUUGUGCCAAAGUGGCAUCAAUGUUUCAUACAAUGAAGUGGCAAUUUAUCCCCUUUUAUCUCAAGUUAAUUCCAAAGACAGCAGCCCAAGUUCAAACAAUAGGUUAACUGAUGCUUCAGAGGGACUAGAAACUGAAGAUCUGGGGGAAGGGAAAGAGUUGGACCAACGACCACGGCCACCUCCAGAGAGAACGUUAUUCAUCAGCAGAAACUCUCCAACACGGUUUAGUUUGAUUAAAAAUCCUCGAGAUAAAGAAGAGCGUGCUUAUUCUAGGUGCAUGCCAGUCAAGGCUCCUCGCAGAUCUAAAAUGAAAGAGCGGCAUGAAUUUAAUAAGGAACCUAAUAUGAAUUAUAAUGGACGUCAGCGUACCCCAGUGAUUGAGUUUAGUGAUGGCACAGAAAAUGAAAGAAGUUAUAUUGAAAGGUUCUUGAAUUCAAAAUAUGACAAUUAUGCUAAAAUUUGCAAUGAGACUUAUAACCACCAAACUUUACAAACUACUGAGCAUUACAGUUCAAACUCUCUACCAAAUGGCUUUGGGUCUUCACUACUAUCUGGUAAUGGGAAUGGAACAGGUAACCACUACGGUACUCCUAAACCACCAUCAUUACCACCUGAUCAUUUGGCUCGGGGGUCAGCAGGCACUGCUGUCUUACCUGGUGCCCAUCCCAGCUCAGAGGGCAAACGUAGACGUAACCGCUCCAAUGUAGAAGCAAUGGCUGCCAAUACCACCAGUACAGAUAUUCCUCCCGAGCCUCCCAGUCAUCCAUAUUCAUCAGGGACACACUACGGCCCUCCUGGCAUGCCCCAGAGUAUGGUGGCAGAAGAGGGUGGGGUUCAGCUUCAGCCCCCAGAUUCACCGACGGCUGGAGAGUUGGGUCCUCUACCAUUUAACUGGGAGAAGGCUUACACAGAAAAUGGAGAGCCAUAUUAUAUCGAUCACAUGAAUGGCACAUCCUCGUGGUUAGAUCCAAGGCUAGCACGUGUUCAGAAACGAAAUGCUGAAGAAUGUGGAGAAGACGAGCUACCCUUUGGCUGGGAACGAAUAGACGACCCACAAUAUGGAACAUAUUACAUUGACCAUGUAAAUCGAAAGACACAGUAUGAGAAUCCUGUCAUUGUGGCCAAAAAGCAACCUAUUACCCCAACACAAGGUGGAGGAAGCAGUCCAGCAGAAAGUGGAAACAACACUUUUCCCCGGCAAAAGAAGUCGACCUCGGAGGGCGGUAGUGGAGCAACCCCAAACACAAAUGAAGGGUCACAACCUACCUCCGGUAGCGGACAUAAGCGCGCAAACAGGCUCAUGCUGUACCUGCCCUGUUUACCGUGCUUGGCAUCAGAAGGCAAAGACACUAAGCUGCAGGUACAAGCGCAGCAAGCGAAUAAAAGGGUCCACAGCCGUAUGGACAAGAAUGCCCUCCCACGUCCUCGCUCUCUUUCUCCUAAUCACAAACACCCUGAUAUAUCACCUAAGCCUUCUGAUCCUGUCAAUAGACAAAGUAUUACAAUUUCAAAUCCUAUGAAUCCUGUACAUUUAGCUAGUGGUACUCCUUAUAAGGCAAAUAUUCUUUUGCCAAGUUCUCAGGAUUUAAAGUCAAACAAUUUAGCUCUUAACUCUAAAAUAACUUCUCCAAAUAAUCAAAAUAUUCCUGCCAUUAAACAAAAUAAUGUUAGUAUAAACCAACAACUUACACUUAGUCAGAGUUUUAAAAGUCAAGAGGUCAAAAAUCCUACAUUCAAUCAAACUAUAGUACCAAAUUUUGCUAAACCUCACUUUCCAAACUGCCAAACCAUCUCGCCAAAGUUUCUUCACCCUCGAAUACCUCAAGCUUCGUCCUCUCCGAAGGGUCAGUCCAUGUCAGUUGGGAGGUCUCCUAGUCCUAGGAGCAGUAUUAAUAUUUCUAAUUCAUGGUGUUAUAAUCCAGGACAGUCUUACUCGCCAAACCACCUAUGGAGUUACUCCUCUUCUCCAAUACAGUCUGGUAAUCCCCAGUUUCCCUCUCCUGGCCCAUACCCACUCCCUCAGAUUUUCUCUACCCCACUGCCCAGUAGUCAGGAUUUGGCAUAUCCUACUAUACAUCACCAAAGAUCAUUCUCCAGCUAUUAUUCUUACACUGUUUGUACCCCAUCUGCGUCACCCCUCUACCGUCCAUCGGAGGACCCUGUAGUAUCGGCAGUCAGCUUAAGACGGAAAGAUCGCUCUGGGCAAAGUAUAUUAUUUACUCGCAAUCCAGCAGAGCUGCAGGGUGAAUUCAUACGCACCAGCCUUGUCAAGUCUUCCCGAGGUUUGGGUUUUACCAUUGUUGGGGGCGAUGAUAACGAAGAGGAGUUUCUCCAGAUCAAAAGUGUUGUUCCCAAUGGUCCUGCGUGGCAGGAUGGCAAGCUUCGAACUGGGGAUGUGUUGGUUUAUGUAGGUGAUACAUGUGUGUUGGGAUACACCCAUGCUGAUGUGGUCAACAUGUUCCAAAAUAUUGACCCUGGCAGAACAGUGUACCUGGAGGUUUGCCGAGGCUACCCUCUACCUUUCGAUCCCAACGAUCCCAACACAGAAAUUGUGACAACGGUAGCUGUUACGUCAGCUGAUGCCCGGUCGUCUAAGUCAGUCUUUGGUGAAGGAUACGAACGAUCGAGGAAUAAUUCGAGUGAGAGUAUGAACACUGCGAAGUCUAUGCCCGACUUGAGUAAUCCUGAACGUGUGCAUCAGGUUCCGAGGCCUGGUAGUGCUGAUCUUCUUAGUUCAGAAAAUUUUGAUCAUACUCCUGACAUUUUAGAUUUUUACCCAUCAGCACUAAGCAAACCUGAAUAUUUGACUAUACCAAUAGUGAAAGGAACUAAUGGGUUUGGUUUUACAAUAGCUGAUAGUGCAUAUGGACAGAAAGUAAAAAAAAUAUUAGAUCGUGGCAGGUGCAAAAACUUAAUCGAAGGUGACAUUCUAGUGGACAUAAAUAACAUAAAUGUGAAAGGAAUGAGUCACACAGAAGUAGUGCAGGUGCUAAAAGACUGUGCCCAGGGGCAGGAGGCAGUCAUCAUGGUGCAGCGAGGGGGGCUUAGUUCCCCAUCCAAGUCUCGAGUGCUUCGUAAAGAACAGUCAAGUCCGAAAAAGUCUGGAGUUGCUGCUGGACUGUUUAGAAGCAAAACUCCCACAGCAGAUAUGUACAGUUCACAGCCAAAGGAGGUGAUUCCAAACAGACCCAAGACACCACUUGUAGAUACUCGUAACCGACCUAAGACCCCAAAUAUCAUGAGUGGAAUUGAUAUUAGUGGAUCUGGAGAGGGUAAUAGACAGGUGGAAGGCAACACGGACUACCGGCCCCCAUAUACACCUACCUCGGUUCAUGCCCCUUUUCCAGGUGCAUUUUCAUAUACUGGGGGCCAGGUUGAUUCCCAGUAUGACACAAAGGUUAACAAUAUGUCUGUUCAAAUGAGUCAAGUUAGCUUAGAACCAAAUAAUUAUGAAAAUUAUAUUGGCGAUAGUCAGGGUUACCGUGGUGAGGGCCAAGUGCCUCAUCAAAACAGCUAUAACUAUCACCAUGAACUGUAUUCCCAGGACGGCUACUACCAACAACAUGGCGACGAAAGUGAUAUGAAAAGGAAUCAGUCAAAGACACCCACCAAGGAAUUCAAUAACCAGGGAUACUCUCAGUAUCCCUACUAUAAUGAAAAUAAUGGUAGCAGCUCAAAUCAUAUAAACAAUAAUAAUCAUAAUACAAGCAUGGAGCAGAACUCAGGUUAUGGCUACAUGCAGUAUCCCAAAGAUGGCUAUGACCUACCUCGUCAAGACUCGGGAUAUAGUUCACAAGCCCAAAUCCCACCUGCCAGAAACCCUUAUCCUCCAUACUAUGGCCAGAAUAAUUCUGCUGGUUAUAAUAAUCAAGCAGACAGUUUAGGAAGAAGGAAAGAGUCGACUAGCUUCGAGUACGAACACCCAGCUCCAGUCAGCAUGCCCAGAUUUCCUGAUGGUCGGUAUAGUGUCAACCCCCGAGGGCCUCCAGCUGGUCCUAAUGGUAACUUGGGUUACAUGGAGUUUACUGUUACACUUAAGAGACAGGAAACUGGUUUUGGUUUCAGAAUUGUGGGAGGUACCGAAGAAGGAUCUCAGGUGUCAAUAGGUCACAUUGUUCCUGGUGGAGCAGCAGAUCAGAAUGGCAGUGUUGCUACAGCUGAUGAAAUUAUUGGCGUUGAUGGCGAGAUGGUGUUGGGGUCGAGUCAUCACCAUGUAGUUCAACUCAUGGCAGCGGCAGCAACACAAGGCAGAGUAACACUGACUUUACGACGUCGAACGCACAACCCUACUGAUCUGCACAAUAGAUCAUUAGAAAUGCAGUUUCCUUACGAUAUAACAGUGACACGAAGAGAAAAUGAAGGCUUUGGCUUUGUCAUAAUAUCUUCGGUUACAAAGUCUGGCUCUACAAUAGGUCGGAUAAUUGAAGGAAGUCCAGCCGAGCGUUGUGGCAGAUUGAAUGUUGGGGACCGUAUCCUGUCUGUGAAUGGUGUCGACAUAAAGACUCUUCACCAUGGUCACAUAGUCAACCUCAUCAAGGAGUCGGGCUACUCAGUCACUCUGACCAUCGGCGCACCCAGGGAUGAUGCAUCAAGUACCACAUCCAACUCUCAGCGGAGCUCUCAGGGGUCCAUGAUACUAGCUCAGGCUACGCCAGUCUCGGCCCCACAAGCCUCUGGCUCUCCGGCCCACACCUCUGCCCAGGCUGAGAGUGAUGCUGGUGACGAUGGGGAGUACUAUGGAGUGGAGCUCCAGCGAGGCACUCGAGGCUUUGGUUUUAGUAUAAGAGGGGGCCGGGAGUUCCACAACAUGCCUCUCUUCGUCCUCAGGAUUGCCGAGAAUGGACCAGCGGCGGAGGAUGGAAAGUUAAAAGUUGGAGAUCAACUUAUGGAGAUAAAUGGGAGAUCAACCAAAGAUAUGACCCAUGCUGAUGCCAUAGAACUGAUCAAACAAUGUGGGAACAGUGUUUCUCUAAUGGUAAAACGAGGUGGAAAGAUUCCACAACACCUAGAUACAAUGAAUCCAAACAGUCUAGGAUCACCGGUUGGUCCACCCCCACCUGGUACUAACGUAAGGUCUACAGCUACACUUCCACCACCCUCACCUGGCUCCAUGGGCACCACCUACCCCCCUCCUCCAGGUCCUCCUUAUUAUGCUCAUGGAGGCUACAAUGCUUUACCCACCUCUUCCAGUGGUUAUCCACCAGCUUAUCCUCACAAUGGUGCAAUUCGAGGACCCCAGCCUCUCCACUCCUCUCCAGCAACUCAGUACCCUCUUCCAUUGACACCAAAUGGUCCAUUAAGCCAAUCUUCUCCCAGAGUAGUGGCUGGCGAAAACUACUAUUGGAAUCGUGUUUCAGAGCAUCGACCGGCGUGAAACUAAUGUAUUUAAAAUAUUGGAUCUAAAAAUGUACAUUUCUCAAAAGAAACUGUGAUCCAACAGUGAUAGUCACAAAUGUCUUGUAUAUGUUGUAAUAUUUUAAUACAUGCUGUGAAAUGUCCAGGAAAAUUAUAAUAGACAAAUAUAUUUACUGGACUCUUGUUUACUAUGCUCAGUGCCUCUAGUGUUCAUAUGGGACCAUAUUGUUUUCAUAGCUUCAUUUCAUAAUUUUGAAAUUCCUUCAGGAAAAGGAAAUGACAUGAUCUCCUUACUUUGUCUUAUUCUGAUUUCAUUUGCCUAAUGAAAGUUUUCUUUAAGAAAAUUUUUUAAAUUAGGUAGUCAUUUUUAAAAUCCUAAGACAGUUUACCUUUUAAAUUUUAUUUUAUGUUGGUCCUCUUUAAUUUUACAGGAUCAUGACCAAAGUGACCUUAUAUAUAAAGGAGUAGGACCCCAUGCUCAAUGCAUUUGUUUUGUCAAUAUUUAUAAAUUUAAAAAACUUUUUGUGUAGUUUUCAUAAGACGAAGUGUCCUCUUAAAUAUGGCCAUUUGCCAUACUUUUUUUUUUUUCUUUUAAAUGCAUGUGUACAUAUUAUGUAGUUAUAAUAGUUUAGGAGGACAUACAAUGAAGCAUCAUUUCAAUGAUUACAGACCUAUGACAGAAAUGCAUAUGGCAGUUCUUAGUACCAAUACAUGACAUGAAAACAUGUAAACAUCAUAUAACAUUACCAGAGAUUGUCAACACUGCCUUGAUCAAAAACCCUUAAAUGCCUUAUAAUGGACUGUAAAGUAUGUGGACUAUUAUAAGAAUAUUGUAUGUAUUCUAAAAAGUUUAUAUUAUUUUAAAUAUCGGGUACGUUGCAUGUUUUCAUGUGACAGUCCUGUGUAUUAUAUACCUUGUUAAUAAAUAAACAUGACAAAUAAUGUUUCAA